AUGAUAAUCAUCGCUUGGCAAAAUUAAUUGAAAUACAUCAUGACGGAGAUAUCGGGAGAAGUGAAACCCAAAGAUUCCGAUCUUGAACAUGAACUUGAAGUGCAAGCAUUCAAUGAAUUUCAAAGAGCCGACUACCCAGCCUGCUCGCAGUCGUUAAUUAAACUGCAGAAAUCGCUGCCGGAAUCGAACCUGAAGGUCAUUCACAAUCGUGCCGUGGCGGAAUUCUAUUUGAGCGAUCUGUGCCGGUAUGAUCAAUUCCGUAAAACGAUGAUUCAAAUCACUGAGCUGGUUGGCGAAAUUCAAUCCGUACCGGAUGUUAAACAUCCGGAACUUGCGGCAGCCUACGUAAAUCAGGCAAUGAUUCUCUAUCAUUUCAAGCAACCGCUGGCGGCAUUAAAAAUUAUGCUUGCUGUAUUGGUUCAUUUCGAUCAGCUGGAUGAUUAUCUACUGCGGAAGGCAGGGAUUUUCACGGUACAUUUACUGCUCGACGUAAACCAGCCAAGAAAGGCUAAUGGAUUGCUGGCUAUGCUACAAGCACGCUUGAAUAUUCGAGUACAGGAUAUUCUGAACGAGGAUGAAGAGGAAGAGCGCCAGAUAGAUAACGAAAGCAGAAAAGACAUUUCGGAGAUUCAGUUCGAGGAGUUUCGAAAGGAAUUUCGGCUGAUACUAAUUCGAUCUAACUUGCUUAACGGGAAAAAGAAUUUCUUGAUUCCCUGUGAGGACACGUCGGAGUAUUCGGUCUUGAAGGGACAUCAGUACUAUUUAGGAAAUGAUUACCAGAUGGCAGCGAAGGAACUAUCGAAGCGAUUUGUCAAUGAGCCCAUGCAGGUUCAGGUGCAUGGCGAGGAUCAGAAUACUUGUUUGGCAAAUAACAUGGGGCUUAUACAUUUUGCAGUGAAACAUUAUGCUUUAGCCGCUCGAUUUUUUCAACAGGCUCUGCUCUUUGACCAAGCAGCAACAGAGAAAAGCUCCACGGAAAAAAUAGAAGGUUCACCUCUGUAUUGUGUUGGCGCUACAAAACGGCCAGAAAUAUUGUAUAAUCAUGGUAUAACACUUCUCCAUUUGCAGAAGCCACGGGAGGCUUUUGAAUGUCUGCUAGUAGUGUUGAAUUCCUACCACAACAACCCGCGGCUAUGGCUUCGACUUGCAGAAUGCUGCAUUAUGGUUCACCAGCAAGAACUGAAAGAGCAGCAAAAAAAUCCAGCUACAGUUUUUGUUCAUCGCAAAUAUUUACAAAAACGACCAUUUGGUAGUGAGACAGAAUCAGCUGCUAUUCCCAGCACUAAUUUAGAGUUUGGAGCGCUCUGUCUGAGGAACGCAGUUACACUAAUUGAUUAUCACACAAAAGAGCUUGCAAAGCAAGCAGAAACAACUGACAAACCGGUACCCUGGGAUAAACUUUACGAAGGUGUUCCCUGCAAUCCUUGUAAGCCGCUGAAACCUGCCAAUUUAGAAAAAUUGCGUAUUGCAACACUCAGUGCUUAUAGCUACAUACUUCUUGCUUUGGGUGAAAAUACACUAGCGCUACAAUACGCGCAGCAAUUAUUAAAUAUACCCAACCUACCGGAAACCUAUCAAACUCUAGGUACCCUGUAUGCUGCAGAGGCUUUGCUUCAUUUAAACCGUAUUCCUGAAGCGAUAGUUUAUCUUGAUCCUAAGCGAAUGAAAGAUUUCGCGGGUGAGGAUUUUGCCACGCGAGGAUCACCCAACUGGACGAUGAAUUCCUUAGAAGCGGCGCAAACUGUAAUGCACUACAACCUAGCUGUAACGUUUUAUGCUCUGGGCGAUUACGAGAAAGCCAGGGUCUACAUGAAUGCGUGCAGCAGUGGUCAUCCAGUAGUUUUACCGCACCUUAAAAUGCUGAAAAUGUACAUCGAAUUGGUAAGUGGUAAUGUCGAAAAAGCUAAAUUAAUGGCUCGUUACGAUACGCCACAUUUGGUGUAGCAUUGCUGCGUAGAUUAAAUACUCGGUUCGUUUAAAAACUAUUGUUUUCAAAAGAAAGAUUGGGUAUGUUAGCCAGUUAUGGACGCGUUUAUGGAUUAUUCUGAACUUGUAAUACGAAAUGUCGAAAUAAUCGUUCUGAUAAUCUUAGAUAUAUCAAUGAAUUUGUUAAAUUGCGUCGUAAUGUUUAGAGUCUUACAAUUGAAUUGUAGUUAUCUUUCCUUAUGUAGUUAUCUCUGCUAAUAUGUAGUCUUCUUUGCUUAACAAUGCUGUAACAGGCUAACUGUUCACAGUAUAUUGAUUUUUGUAAAUAAA